GGAAGAUUCAUAAAGAGGGGAAGGUAGGUAGGCUAAGCUCGGGGCCUCCGGACUACUACCCAGAGCAGGGAAACAUCCGUAACAUCCGUCAGCUUCCAUGUUCAUCCAGAGAUACGGAAUCUUGCUUCACAAUUAAGCAAGCUCGUCUCACCAUUCUUUGAGUUUCCGGUUGCUUAUCAAUGAUGAAUCUCCCAGUGUGCAUUUGUAAUGCUCUGGCAACCACAGCAGCGGCUAUAUAAGCCGUCAGACCGCACGAGGUACAGGAUCUCACCAAUCAAUCCAUCGAUCCAAUCUACCAGUCUUCCACAAUGGCCAGCAGCACUUCCCCAGUAGUCCUCAUCCUGGGCGCCGGCCGCAACAUCGGCAAACACACAGCUCAGCUCUUUACCACCAAGGGCUACAAAGUCGCAGUGGCAGCUCGAAGCAUCAACGAGAAUGACAGCACCUCAACCCAGCUUUACCUCCAAUGCGAUCUGUCCGACCCAAAUGCCGUACAGGAUGUGUUUUCGCGCGUGAAGGCCACCCUGGGUGAUCCCAGUGUCGUGGUCUAUAACGCCUACGCAUUGACACAGACCGACGCCGACGACAUCUUCAGCCUAUCGACCACGCAAUUCAGCCACGACCUGAACGUCAACACCACCAGUGCCUUCGCCGCCGCCCAGCAGGCUGUCAAAACAUUCGAGAGGUUGCCUACCUCCGCGGCGCGGACGUUCCUCUACACUGGGAAUGCGCUUAACGGAUUUGCCGUUCCCCUCUUCUUCACCUUAGGGGUCGGGAAAUCGGCUAGUGCGCAUAUGAUUGAGUCUGCAUCGCUUGCUUAUCGGGAGAAGGGAUUCAAGUUCUACUACGUCGAUGAACGCAAGCCAGACGGGUCGUCCGACCCUGCCGUCGAUGGUGAAGCGCACGCCAAACUGUUUGCGGAGCUGGUCGAGCGCGAGGACCAGGGACCGUGGCUGCAGACGUUCGUCAAGGGAGAGGGAUACAGGGUGUUUCCCGUUCGGGCGUGAGACUGAUCCUGUGAUUUGUAUUUAGGGAUAGCGACGCCUGAGAAGAACAACCUCUGUACUGUGCUUUCAUG